GUUGCGGGAUGACAGAAUAAGGAUAGAAAGGAUGGGAAAACUCCAUUUUGAAUACAGCCAUGCUUUCCAGCUGGUUACUGAUUUUUACACAAAAGAAGUGCCUGAUGCUACAGGUCCUCAAAAAUUAUCUGUAAUACUAAGCUUGGAUAAGCCUGUUGUUUGCUCUCUGGCAGCAGUAAUUGCAUACCUCAAAGAAUUUAAUUUGGAAAGGAUGCUUUACAAUCCAAGCGAUUUCAAACGGUUGUCAAGUGAAACUGAAUACAUGACAAUUAAUGGAACAACAAUGAAAAAUCUUGAAAUUUUACAGAAUCAGACUGAUAUGAAAACAAAAGGAAGCCUACUCUGGGUCUUGGAUCAUACUAAAACUUCCUUUGGACGUCGGAGAUUGAAGAAAUGGGUAACCCAGCCCCUCAUGAAAUCCAGUGAAAUAAAUGCCCGGCUUGAUGCUGUGUCUGAAAUGCUACUGUCAGAAUCCAGUGUGUUUGGUCAGAUUCGAAAUCUUCUUUGUAAGCUGCCAGAUAUAGAGAGAGGCCUCUGCAGUGUUUUUCAUAAAAAGUGCUCAACCCAAGAGUUCUUCUUGAUAGUCAGCACCCUGUCUCGUCUGGAUGUGGAAAUUCAAGCUCUUGUUCCAGUUAUACAUUCUCAUGUGAAAACUCCUCUAUUACAAAAUGCAUUGUUGGAAAUCCCAGAACUUCUUUCUCCAGUAAAACAUUAUUUAAAGAUCCUUAAUGAAGAAGCAGCCAAGACUGGAGACAAAACCCAGUUGUUCAAGGACCUUACAGACUUCCCUGUCAUCAGAAAGAAAAAGGAGGAGAUCCUGGAUGUGCUUUCUAAAAUCCAAUUGCAUCUGCUGGACAUUCGUAAACAGAUUAAGAAUUCUUCUGCAGAGUACGUUACAGUUUCUGGUCAAGAGUUUAUGAUAGAAGUCAAGAAUUCCCAGAAAUCAUCUGUGCCAUCUGACUGGGUUAUGGUUAGUAGCACAAAAGCUGUCAGCCGAUUCCACUCUCCUUUUAUUAUAGAAAAUUACAAACAUCUGAAUCAGCUCCGGGAGCAGCUAGUCCUUGACUGCAAUGCUGAAUGGCUAAACUUUUUAGAGUGA